UGAUGGUCGCUUGCCUGCUCCUCUCCAGCAUCUGGACCGUUGUGUCAGCCUCCGUGCAGGUGACGCACAGAAAGGUCCAGUCGGUCCAGGCAGGAGGAAACGUUACUUUUUCAUGCCGGUCGGUCACGAAAGAAGAUGUGCUACAGGUGACCUGGCAGAAGGAGAUGGAUGGGGCUGAAGACAACAUAGCGACUUACAGUACAAUGAAUGGCCAAAAGAUCGCGAAGGGCUAUGCUGACCACGUGAGCUUUGCCCACAGUGAGUUACAAGACUCGGCCAUCUCUCUUCAUGGAGUUACCCUCCAAGACGAAGGAUGCUACAAGUGCAUCUUUAACACAUUCCCUUCGGGGGCUGUCACCGGCAGGAUGUGUCUCAAGGUUUACGCCAUCUCAAAUCCCAAAGUGGAGGCUAAGCUUAUACCCAGUCCAGACAAAGCUGAGGACUCUGAGAAGGUGGUGGGGAUGAGCUGCUCAGCAACAGGGAAGCCAGCUCCAAAAAUCACCUGGCGCCUUCCCAGCAUCCUGCAGCAGAAACCAAGGGAGUACCACAUCAGGCUCAGCAACCAGACCGUGACUGUCAUCAGCAAUUUCACCCACGCCCACUCCAAAAUCCUCCAGGAGUACCCCAUUGCCUGCGUGAUCCAACACCCCUCUUUAAACGUGACCCUGGUCCUGCCCAUGGACAGCCUGGCACAGGGUCCGGACAGCAGCGUGGCACCGGCCAUUGCCAUUGCGGUGGGGGUGCUGGUCCCCCUGAUUUCUCUCCUCCUUCUCACCUGCCUCCUCCACCACUGCCCCAAGCACCUACGCGGCCCGGAGAGAAACCCAGCCCCGCCAUGCUGGGUAGGUCUGCCAUUCCCCGGUCUGCUGCAGGGCGCACCCCCACCAGUCGAGGGGGUCACCACCGGGACCCGGCUCUGCCCAGCCACUCCGAGUCUGGCUGCAUGCUGCCCAGCCUGGGCUGCGCCUGGGGCCGAGAGGGACGAAGGGAUCAGCCCCCAGCCAGACGGCUAGGAAGCAGCACGCUGGGAAGGGGAAACCUGAAGGUGCUUAGCCAGGCCCAUAGGCGCCCGACAGUGAGGACAGCUAGAAAAC